AUGGAAUUUGCUGCCAGUCACAUGACACGGCCUAAGUUUGGUUACCGAGAUUUACGACGGGGAGAGGAAAAGGUCAAGCUCGGGACGAGGGAGAAACAGCCAACAUCACAGCGAAGCGGAAGGAACCGAGAAACGGAAGAGUACUCCCGUAUAGACGAAGAGAUCAUGGUGUCCAAGGGAAAGCCCGUUGCACUAAAGAAACGUUCGACGGCUCGCUGUCUUCAUCCAUCACGACGACCAGCGGAUAUCCAGAUGCUCUCUACCUCUGCCUCAACCAGUUCGGCAUCAAAAACUGACCAAGAAACGUUGACGAUGGAGUUCGAUGCCUCUCGGAUCCCUCAACCGUUUCUUGACCCGGAUCUGCGAGAUCGUAUGCUGAACCUACGGGAAUCCGAGUUCAGCACUGCAACACACACUAUAGGACAGAAUAACGAGUGA